GACGAUGGGGUGAAGGAAAUGAUCAGUGACCCAAACCAAAUGAAAUUGGCCAACCCCUAAUUGUCAGGUUUCCUAUAAAACAUUUUAGAUUUCUCACAUCUGUAUAUUUUUCUUCUCUUCCCCUCUCCAAUAUUUAUAAGUUUAUAACUUAUCUGAAUAUCUGCCUUGGUCAUCUAUUUCUUAGAACACCAUUGAAGUGUAGCUUAUUUUGUCCCAUACCUAAGAACAUGGCCCUGCUCUAGUAGCCACAUUUUGUUUACUUGGACAGGAAUAAUUUUGGGCCAUAGAAGAAUUUAAAAUUCAUGAUAAAUCAAAUUUAUUCUAGUAAAACUUCGCAGCAGGGUGGGAGAUUGAAGGUAAGAACACGAAUGUGCCUCAUUUCAAGACGUUUUUCAUACAUAAAGCAUCCUGUGUAAUGUAAAUGAAUGGACAUGUAGUAAGCUGUUUGUGUGAGCAGCUUCUCAUGGGAUUUGAGCAGAUUUUAAACACUCGGAGCAGCCCUUCCUUUUGGGGUAUCUACAGUGACAUGGUUAAAAUCAGCCAAAUAUGGUCAGCUGCUUAUGCAAGUGCCUUAACAUGCUGAGCUUUGUAAACAUAGUUGUAUUACAGGCGAUUCCCUCCUAGGUCUCAACACUGAGGAAUUGAACUCAACAAUUUUGUAGGAUUGCUAUUGCUCACACACAUGCACAGCCUCUGCCAUGAUGGAAUGGUAUCACAAUAUAUGAAUAGCUUUUUCAGAAGUAUCACUUUGCAGUAAAAAGAGGAAAAGAAUGGUCUGUGUCACAUUUGUUGACAUUUUAGAAAGGGAUGGUAUGUGGCGAUUUUGCUUGCUGAUGGUGUCUGUUGGUCUGGAUAAUCAGUUACCAAGUAGUAAUUUACCACAAUGUGAAUAAAAUCACUAGGGAGGCAAGGUAUCAUGGUUUCAGAUUACCAUUUGCUUUUCAAUAAUUUAAGCAUAAUGAUGCUUUUUUAAGUGCAUUGUUUUGUCGCUUAACAUUUUCUCAAGGAAAACUUGUAAGCUGCUUUGAGUACACAUUAAUGUAGAAAAUUUGGGUAUAGAUUAUAUAAAACCCUGGUGUACAUGUAGCCACUUGGAACAACACUUUGUCUUGUCUUGUCCAGUGAUGGUGUUGGUCGGAAUUGUCCUGCAUUUUUGUCCCUGAAAUCCAUGGGAAUGACAAGUUUCUCCUUACCAUUUGAGAGGACAGUACAGCUUAUUGUUGGUCAUAUGCACAGCCAUGUAGGUUACUUCAAUCUAGGCAAAUGGUUGUCUGUGCCCGCCCAUCUAUAGUGUACUGCCUGUGUUAAAGAUUUGCUUAAUGGUUACUUAAUGCAAGGGUGUUGUGCACGGUAACAGCUUCAUAAGUCAAGGCAUUCUUACUGUGCUGCCAAGUGGUGGGGGAAACCUUACCACUCCCCUGCUGCCUUGAAUUUCAGAUUAGGUUCAGAAAUGCAAGAUUAUCCUCACUACUUUGCAGGGCAAUGUUGGCUGGCUUACCACAUGGUUUUGUCCAAAGGGUAAGAUAAAAAAAAAUCACUUCAAAUUGUUUGUUUAAAAUACCAUGGUAUGUGCAGAUGUGACCAUAAGUUUUAAUUUGACGAAUGACCAUCUGUGUUUGCGUUAAUAGUUCUGUUUGUUCCCACUGGGCUUUCAAACUGUUGUGUGCAUUGGAAAGCUAUAAUGGUAUUCCUGUGAAAUACGUAAGUGUAAAAUGAGGUGCACUAGAUACUAUUUAAUCUCAGGAUUUAAGAAAACCAUAUUCCUAUUAAUUUGGCCUGCAAAUUUAAUGAGAAACAUUUUCACAGCCUCUGCAAAAUUCUAUUUUGUAGCAUAGCUCAGAAAAGCCAUCCCAAAAGUUCAUGUGUGACACAGUGCAAAGUAUUCUGAUUGACAUGCUCAGUGCACAUAAUUAUCCUGUCAGGAAAUAAGUUUUGAUUGAUGGAAAGAACUGUAGACAUCUGUCACCUUCCAAAAAUUCUCCCAGUCACGCUACUCUUUCAUUGUACCGCAAUGUGCAACUUUUAUUACAAUCCAAUACUUGAUCAAGAAACAAACUGCACAAUUUGGUUUUAAUAUAAUAGUACUGUCGCUUCAAAAGGGGCUGGCAGCCUCUUAAAGAACAAGAUGGAACUCUAUAUAUCAUCAACGAGUUUGUAGUAAAUAUAAAUAAUGAAGUAAAUACUGACUUUCCCCAAAGCUACCAGAUGUGGUUUCCCAUCUACAAAGAUACCUCUAAACAACAGUUUAGAACCAAUUUAUGUUUUCACUACUAUAGCAGUUAAAGUUAUAAUGUGGUUGUAGAUUGGUUCUUGAUUUCUCUCUCUUUGCCCAUCCCCUUUUUCAAAAAUGAAAAGUGACUACAGUUGCCCCGGGAAUGAAAACCAUUUGAAUCGUUGGCUUGUUUUUCCAGUAAAAUGGGCUGAGCAAAGAUGUUUAUGUUGCAGUUUGAAUGUAAACUUUAGGACAAACUUGUUCGUUGCCGCUAAGAAUUUCAAAGUGCCCAACUACUGGAAAAUAUGAUUGGAUGCUUUGAGAUCACAUGUAAACUGGGCACUGUAGCUAUUCACCCUGAAGGGGUUUGUCUCUGGAAAUGGUUCCCCCCCCUGUCUCUAUAUUUUAACUUCAAAGUGAAUGUGUGUGAUCAUUAGCCUAUCAGUAUCUCAAAGCAACAGUGAGUGAUCUCUGAAAUGUUCAAGUCUUUGUACAAAUAUUUCCAUGUCUCUGGCUGAAGAAACUGUUCAGUUGUUUGAACUAAGAGGAAACCUUUACAGAAACCUGCAUCGGAGGAGAGUUAAAUCAAUGGGGAUUUCAUAAAACCCAGCAAAUAUCAGUUGUUUUCACCCCAGUUUGCUGUGAGAGUGUGUUAGUGUUCAGUUGGACACUUCCGAUAACCCAAAAGGUUCUGUGGUCAUCAUUAUUCCCCAGUUAAAUGUGGGCUGAAUACUUGCAGGAUGUAUGCUACAGCUUAUCCAAAUAUGUGUCUACUUCGGGUUUAGCCAUUUUUAAUGAAUGCUGUUAUUCACUACUGUCCUUAACAUAUGGUGAUGUUAGAUGUGUACACCAGUUGUUAGAAACCCAGUGCAGUCCUUGGCGCCUUUUGGGUUUUGCAGCUAACUGCCAGAGGAAUACCCCCAAGGACCUCUCCCAACGCUAUGGAAUGACACACCAGAGCUGCCAUCGGGAGGAGGGCCCUCAGAGACCACCACCACAGCCCGCUUCUCCGACUCUCCAGGAUUCCCACCUUACACUUCGGAUUAUGAACCAGAGGACACAACCCAUCUGCACCAACUGGAUAAUGGGAAUGGGUCUCUGGGUCCUGGAGCUAUUGGUGCCAUCGUGAUCGCUGCUCUGCUGGGCACAUCUGUGAUUGUGGCCCUGAUCGUCAUCACCCUGCGAAAGUUUUCUGCUUCCUGAAAUCAAUAAAAAAGGUUCUGUUUCCUAAUAUA